AUGGCAAGUUAACAAGUCUCUGAUUAAAUUUUUUAAAAUUUAGAUGGUAUUAAUCCAAGUUAACCUUAAAGAGUUUAAAACGCCUAACCAAUAAUGGUUAAUCAAUCAUUAGUUAGAAGAUAGCCCAGUUAAGAAAGUGAGCCUUAAAGAGUCUAAGAUAUUUCUCCUUAGUAACCUAUAGUUGAUUAAGCUCCUAUAUAAGAAUAGUAGUAACAGGUAAUUGUGAAUUAACCUGUAUUAAAUAAACCACCCAGUUAGGAUAAUAGUUCGCUUAACAUUGGAUUUGUCCCUUAAGUAGAAUAAUAAUAACCUAAAGUACUGAAGAGGACACAGUAAGUUUAAAAUAUACCUGUUGCCUCUUAAUAAGAAUCUAUUGAUAAAGUAAAAAGUGAUAAAACUUAAGAAAAUCUCAAGCAACCUAAAAUAGUUUAGAAUGAAAAAGAAGAUAUUAAAAUAGCUUAAAAAUAACCCACAAUUACUUCAGAUGAUGAGGAAAUCGAUGAAAAGGAGAAAGUUUAAGAAGAAGAAUAUGUUGAUUUAGGUUUUAAAUAUCCUCAAUUUGAAAAAUUAUGUAAGAUUGAAGGAUUCUUUGAAUAGAAAUUUGGAUUAAAGGACAAAGAUUAUUUUAAAAGGAAUCAAUGUAAGUUUGAUUAAGUGAAUAGAAUUUAAAUAGCUAAAGAUGAAAGUAAUAAUUAAAAAGAAUAAACAUAAAAAAAAGAAAAAAAUGAAUAAGAUGAAAUGGAUUCAUAUUAUUCUAGUGAUGAUAAUGAAGAAGAAUAUGAAGAGACUCCUACAUAAUUAGAAGAAGGAGAUGUUUAUGUUUAUCUUAAAAUAGAUAAAGUAAAUUUAAAGAAGGAACUAAUUAAUUGGACUAAUGAUUAAAGUUAUUAAACUAUUUAUCUUAAAUGUCAAGAUACAAUAGAUUCCUAUGUAACUGGCUAGCUGAAAGAAUAAGAAUCUAAUACUCUUUCUUAUUCUAUUUUUGACUCCCUUUAAGUUAAGGUUUAAAAAGAAAUCAUUAGUUAGGGUGUCAUUAGCUAUGCUCAAAUAGGAAUUUAUGAUGAGCUUAAAAAGCUUGUUGCUGUAAUUAAAUCUAAAGAACCAUAAAUAGAAUUUUAAAAUGUCUAAAAGCAGCAAAUCAAUAUAUUUAAGACUUCGAUUGUAGACAAAAAGAUACAAAUCGAUGAAAAUACUUCAGCUGGAGAAGCUUAGAUAGAAGGAUAAUUUGCUUAAAAAAGAUAUAAUGUUAAAAAUUAAGUUAAAAUAUAUAAUUUAAGAAUUAAAUUCGAUGAAAAUUCAAUUGUUAAUUUUGAUAAAAAUAGUAGCAAAUCAUAUUUUUUACAAAUAGGAGAUUCAUUAUAAUAAAAAGUUCAUUAGAUUAAUAAAAGUGAAGAAGAGAUAAGCUUAAUCGAUUUUUAUUUACAAUUUUACCCAAAAGAAUCAAUUGCAAAGAUUUCGCUCAUCGAAUUAGACAUUGAAUUAAAUACUUAAAAUAUAGUAGGAAAAGGAGAGCUUUCUUUAAGAAUUAAUGCAAAAGACAUUCCAAUAGAAAUAAAUGAUUUUGAAAAACAUGUGAUGACUGUUCUAGUAGAUGUAGAGUCUCCUUACAGUUAAUAUGAAUUAGAAAACCUGAGUAAAAAGAGUUCUAUUUUGCUUAAUAAAUCUAUAGAUUCUAAAAUAAAUAAUUCUAAACUAAUAUCUGAUUCUAUCUAUUAGAGUCCUUAAAAUUACAAUCUUAAGUAAUAUAGCUAAGAGACAAAAAUGCAAAAAAGUAUAUCUUUUAGAGGUAUUGUAUAGCCUGUUAAUGACUUUGUUAUUCAGAAUGAUUCAAAGCUAUCUUUAAAUUUAGGAUAAACUCCAAGACCUGUUAAACUAAAACCUCUAAAUAAUGUCUAAACUCCAUAAGAAAGAAAUAUAAAAAAAGAAUUCUUUGUAGAUACUGCCAUACCUUUAACUAAAAAAAGUUCCUUAAUAUCUUUGAAUUCCAAAAAAAUUGAUUUUAACAAGCCUAGAGAUUUAAAUACUAUCAUGAAGUCGUAUAACAUAAAUAAUGGUUUGGUAAAAAAUCAAAGUUCUAUAUAGUUGAGGAAACAAUAUAAUACCCCUUCACCAUUAAAUGAUUUAGGAUUGAAUAAAGUUCCAUCUAAAGUAUUAACUGUUAAAUCUAGCAUAGAUAGCUCUAAGAACUAUAAUAUAAUUAGUGGGUAAUCAGGUCAAAUGCAAAACAAGCAGCAAAUGAAUGAUAACUUUAGCAUAGCUUCAAAUAAUGUUAUGAAAAAACCAUAAAAUUCGUUAAAUUAAAUACAUAAAAAGAAAUUUAAUUUUUAGAAAAAAAAUGUAAACUAAUUUAAAGAUUAAGAGAAAUUUGACCCAGAUAAAAAUUACGAUAUCACCAAUGAUAUUUUUGAGAAAAGUAACCUAAGAGAAAGCAUAGUGCUAGAAAAAUCAGAAAAUUUUAAGCCUAGCAAUUAUAAAACUACUUCUAAGUAAAAUAGUAUGGUUAUAGCAGAUACUUAAAAAGAUGUUUUAUAAGAGAGUGUUAUUUAAGAUUCAAAAUCCUCCUCUAAACUUUUUAUUGACCUUCCUUAAGAUUAACAACAAAAAAUAAUAGAAGAGAGAAAUAAACUUAUUGAAGAUCAAAAGAAACUUAAUAGAUCUUAUAUUUAUUCAAAAGCAGAUGACUUUUGA